AUGAUCAAGGACGAUCCUGACAGCGGUGCCCAGGGGAUCCAGCCAUCAACACCAGCGAUGACACAUUCUGUAGCAUGGAGGUCCAACACGAGAAUAGUGGAUCUGGAAAAGGCUCAGUUGACUAUUGACUAUCUCUGCACCCGAAAAGCCCCCUCCUUGAGCUAUUUGCUCUUUCCUGAUUUUGCUGAAAUAGCACCCAUGACCUUGUCAUCCGGGAAGGGGAGCCACAUCUCGCCUCGCAAAUCGCCGCUUGAAGAGGAAGAACUCCUCCGACAACAAAGCGCGGGUCUGCCACCUCUUUCGACGCUGUAA